UCAAUGUCCCAUCUCGCGUUUCACUUCACAGGGAGCGCAACACAAACACGAGGUAUUGAGUGACGAAAUUGCAAUUUAUCCUUCGUCGUAGAUCGCACAGAUUGUGUAUCCUCCAUUUUCGCCCUGUCCGUGUUACAUACUUGGCAUCGUUUAAUCGUGCGUUACGUGUUUGCAAAUCGCGAUAAAGAUAUAUUCCCUCGUGUGCAUAAGCUUCGGUCAGACAUUUGACAGUUUACUGAGAGUCGGACGUGACUAUUUUAUGAUCCCUGCAAUAAGAUUUGCCGGAUGUACAUAUACGUAACAGGUUUAAUAAUCUUCUUUACGCUUUGCCUAAAGUAAUUGAGAACUUACAGAGGGUAGUAAAUUAAAUUACGCGGUUUCCCUCGUUGUAUGCACCCCAAUAAUGGGCAACAUCGAAAACCGACCGAAAGGCGGCGCACCUCGCCUCGAUGCAGCAUUAGCAACGAAAUCGGAGUCACUUUGUCGUAGCAAAUCCUACAGCGCCUGCUUUAUCCUGAGUUUAAUUUGCACCUAUCUGGCAACAUUAAUCGUUCUCCUAGACCAAAUUGUCGUCGAGGCAGUAAGCUACGGUCAACAUGAUUCGAAUAGAUCAGAAGCAUAUACAAUAUUGUUUUUGUUUGAUUCCGAUAAAAGCUUCAGAUUGCCAAAAGAAGUCGUACCUAUUCAUUAUGACCUCUACUUGCAUCCAAAACUUAAAGAAGGCACAUUUUCCGGAAAGGUGACCAUUCUCAUUGAUGUCAAGCAGGACAACAAUAGAUACAUAGCUCUUCAUCAAAAGGAUCUCAACAUCACAUCUAUAAAAUUAAUAACAUGUGGACUAGAUGAAGACUAUGAAAUUAAUAUUUCUUCCAUCAGCAAGCCUAAUAAAUAUGAAAUCUUUUCGAUAUUAACUGAAAACGAGAUUAAAUCCGGAUUAUAUCACUUGAGCCUGGAAUUUAAUGGAAGUCUAAAGGACAAAAUGGACGGAUUUUAUUCUAGCACAUAUCAAUAUACGAGUGAUAACAUUAAUGAAACCAGGUACAUUGGGACUACUCAAUUCGAGCCAACAUAUGCUAGACAAGCUUUUCCGUGUUUCGAUGAACCCCAUUUGAAGGCAGAAUUUUCGAUAAAACUGGUUUAUCCCAUGGAUGAUGGCUAUCAUGCUUUGUCCAAUAUGAAUGUAAAGAAUACGAAGGUACAUACACCGAAACGUAAUCUAGCAACAAUGACUUUUGCAAAAACUGUACGUAUGUCCACGUACCUAGUUGCUUUUGUUAUUAGUGACUUUGUUGGCACAUGUAAAAUGGCAAAGGGUUUAAAUGGGCGAGAAUUUCCGGUUAGUGUUUAUACCACAAGACUUCAAUCGAAAGAGAAAAGAGAUUUUGCAGUGGAUAUUGGCGUAAAAGCUAUCGAAUAUUUCAUAAACUUAUUCAAAAUAGAUUAUCCAUUACCAAAGCUCGAUAUGGUUGGGAUUCCCGAUUUUAGAGCCGGCGCUAUGGAAAAUUGGGGUAUGGUGACUUACAGAGAAACAAGGUUGAUUUAUGAUGAUCGUAGUAACUCCAUUUAUGAUAAGGUCGAUGUUAUUAGCGUAAUCUGUCACGAACUGGCACACAUGUGGUUUGGAAAUCUCGUUACUAUGAACUGGUGGAACGAUUUAUGGCUCAACGAAGGUUUGGCUACAUUUAUGGCUUUUAAAUGUGCAGACGCGAUUGAACCAAAUCAGAAAUAUAUGGAGGAAUUUCCUAUACAGAUAAUGCAGAAUGUGUUCGUUUCCGAUUCAAAAUUAAGCUCUCAUCCUAUCAUUGAUAAUGUCCAAAAUGCAGAUGAUAUUGCAGCAUUUUUUGAUGACAUAUCUUAUCAAAAGGGAUCAUCUAUAAUCCGCAUGAUGGAAAAUUUCUUUGGAUCUGAUGUCUUCUUCAAUGCAAUUAGAAGCUAUUUGAAUAAGUAUGCCUAUAAGAAUGCAGAGACGGCGGAUCUCUUCGAGAUUUUGCAAAAUGCGGUUAGAAACAAAUUAAAUGUAACAGCUAUAAUGGACACUUGGACGCGACAAGAAGGCUUUCCCGUUAUUAACGUAAAAAAGUUUGAAAAUAAAUUUGUAUUAACCCAGAAACGAUUUUUGGACGAUCCAGAUGCCAAAUUCGAUCCUUCAGAAUCCAAUUACAGAUAUCGAUGGACUAUACCCAUCACUUAUAUCACUAACAGAAACAAGAAACCCACUCUUGUAUGGUUCAACAGGAAUGCGAAUAAAUUGGUGAUUAAGGUCUGCAGACGUACCAAAUGGAUCAAAUUAAACGCAGGCCAAGUUGGCUUUUAUCAAGUUAAUUAUAAAAAGGAAUGGAAAACUUUCAAGGAGUUGCUUUGUUCUUGCCACACGAAAAUAUCCUCAGUGGAUCGAGCAAAUCUUUUGGGCGACAUGUUUAGUUUAGCUGAUGCCGGUGAGAUCGAAUACAACACUGUAAUGGAUAUAAGUGUAUAUCUUAUCAAGGAAAAUCACGCUUUUCCAUGGCAGGUUGCGAAAUCAAAAUUGAUAACGAUGCAUACUUUAUUAACUUCUUCAUCUAAACCAUAUAUUGCAGACAAGUUUCAGUCUUUCGUGUUGAUGUUGGUAGACACCGUCUACAAGAAUAAUGUAGCUUGGAUCAAUAAGACAACUGAAGAUGUUCCGUUAACGGACAUGGACAGAAUACUGCGAUCUACGGUAAUCGAAUUGGCUUGUGCAAUGGGUUCACCUGAAUGCCUGAAAACAGUCGGAGAGCUUUUUAAGGAAUGGUUGAUAGAAGAGAAGCCGCAGCAUCCUGAUAUUCGCGCAUUGGUUUAUUACUAUGGUAUGCGUUAUCGUUCAGAUGAGAACGAGUGGAACGUCAUGUUUGAAAAACUUAAAGACGAGACCGAUCCCAGCGAGAAGAAUAAAAUAAUGAUAGGGUUAUCAGGCAUAAAAUCCACUAAAGUUCUAAAGAAGUAUAUUACCAGAGCAACUAAUGAGGCAUAUGUCCGCACUCAAGAUUUCUUGAGAUGCUUGAAUAUGAUUUCUAAGAAUCCCGAUGGUACAUCAUUGGUGUGGAAUUGGGUACGCGAGAACUGGGAAUUUUUGGUGAAUAGAUACACUCUGAACGAUUCAUAUCUUGGUCGACUUAUACCAUCCAUUACACGUUCCUUCGCUACACAAAGUAGAUUAGAUGAGAUAAAAGCCUUCUUCGAGAAAUAUCCUGAAGCUGGUGCCGGAUGGGCCCAACUCAUUAUAAAUAGGGAAGUGUUUUUGAUCAUCUUCUUUACAUCUUACGUAAAAAUACUUUUAAAGGAUAUUGAAUUAAAUUACUCGGUUUUCCUUUGUUGUACCCCAAUAAUGGGUAACAACAAAGUCGAAAGCCGACCGAAAGGCGGCGCGCUUCGUCUCGAUGCAACACCAGCAACGAUAUCGAAGCCACUUUGUAGUAACAACACCGUUUCCGCUCUCCUCUGUUUUACCUGCGGUGCUUGCUUUAUCUUGAGUUUAAUUUGUACCUGUCUGGCAAUAUUAGUCGUUUUGCUAGACCAGACUGUCGAGGCAACGAGCUACAGCCGACACGAUUCGAAUAGACCAGAGGCAUAUACAAUAAUGUUUGAUCCUGAUGAAAGCUUCAGAUUGCCAAAAGAAGUCGUACCUAUUCAUUAUGACCUUUACUUGCAUCCAAAACUUAAAGAAGGCACUUUUUCCGGAAAGGUGACCAUUCUCAUUGAUGUCAAGCAGGACAACAAUAGGACAUCCAUAGCUCUUCAUCAAAAGGAUCUCAACAUCACAUCUGUAAAAUUAAUAACGUAUGGACUAGAUGAAGACUAUGAAAUUAAUAUUUCUUCCAUCAGCAAGCCUACUAAAUAUGAAAUUUUUAUGAUAACAACUAAAAACGAUAUUAAAUCCGGAUUAUAUAACUUGAGCCUGGAAUUUGAUGGAAGUCUCAAAGAUAAAAUAGUUGGAUUUUAUAACAGCAAAUAUCAGUAUAAGAGUGAUAAAAUUAAUGAAACCAGGUACAUUGCAACUACCAAAUUCGAACCAACUUAUGCUAGACAAGCUUUCCCGUGUUUCGAUGAACCCAAUUUUAAGGCAGAAUUUUCGAUAAAACUGAUUCAUCCUAUGAAUGAUUGCUAUAGUGCCUUAUCCAAUAUGGAUGUAAAGAGUACGCAACUACAUACACCGGAACGUGAUUUAGCAACAGUGACUUUCACAAAAACUGUGCCCAUGUCCACGUACCUAGCUUGUUUUAUUAUCAGUGACUUUGUUGGUACAAGUAGAAUGGCGAAUGGCUUAAAUGGUCGAAAAUUUCCGAUCACUGUCUAUACUACAAGACUGCAAUCGAAGGAGAAAAGAGAUUUUGCUUUAGAUAUUGGCGUGAAAGCUGUCGAAUAUUACAUAAACUUAUUCAAAAUAGAUUAUCCAUUACCAAAACUCGAUAUGGCUGGCAUUCCCGAUUUUAUAUCCGGUGCCAUGGAAAAUUGGGGUUUAGUGACUUACAGAGAAACAAGAAUGCUUUACGAUGACAAUAGUAAUUCCAUUUAUGAUAAGCGCGAUGUUAUUAACGUAAUCUGUCACGAACUGGCACACAUGUGGUUUGGAAAUCUCGUCACCAUGAAGUGGUGGAACGAUUUAUGGCUCAACGAAGGUUUUGCUACAUUUAUGGCAUCUAAAUGUUCAGAUGCGAUUCUACCACAUCAAGGAUAUAUGGAGGAAUUUCCUGUUGAAGUAAUGCAGAAAGUUUUCGUUCCCGACUCAAAGUUGAGCUCUCAUCCUAUAGUUUAUAAUGUCCAAAAUGCAGACGAUAUUACAUCAUUUUUUGAUGGAAUAUCUUAUAAAAAAGGAGCAUCUAUAAUCCGCAUGAUGGAGAACUUCUUUGGAUCUGAUAUCUUCUUCAGUGCAAUUAGUACCUAUUUGAAUAAAUACGCCUAUGAGAAUGCAGAGACAGCGGAUCUCUUCGAGGUUUUGCAAGAUGCGGUUGGAAAUAAAUUAAAUGUAACAGCUAUAAUGGAUACUUGGACACGACAAGAAGGCUUUCCUGUUGUUAACGUAAAAAAGUCUGGAAACAAUUAUACAUUAACCCAAAAACGAUUUUUGGACGAUCAAGAUGCCAAAUCCGAUCCUUCAAAAUCAAGUUAUGGAUAUCGAUGGACCAUACCUAUUGUUUAUAUCACUAACAGAAAUGAAGUACCUACUCUUGUAUGGUUUGACAAGGAUGCAAAUAAAGUGGUGAUCAAAGUCGACGAACGUACGAAGUGGUUUAAAUUAAAUGCUGGUCAAGUUGGCUUCUAUCGAGUUAAUUAUAACGAGGAAUGGGAAACAUUCAAUGAGUUACUUCGGUCUCACCAUACGAGAAUAUCAAUGUUGGAUCGAGCGAAUCUUUUGGAUGAUCUGUUUAGUUUAGCUGAGGCCGGUGAGAUCGAAUAUGACACUGUGUUGAAUAUAAGUAUGUAUCUCACCGAGGAAUAUCAUUGUCUUCCAUGGGCGGUUGCAAAGUCGAAACUGAUGACGAUAUAUACUCUGUUAACUUCCUCGACUGAAGCAUUUAUUGCAAACACGUUUCAGUCUUUCGUCUCGAUAUUGGUAGACACCAUCUAUAACGAUGUAACUUGGACCGUCGAUGAUGCAAUUGAAGAAGAUGUACCACGCAUUGAUAAUAAAGUGCGACCGACGGUAAUUGAAUUGGCCUGUGCAAUGGGUUCAUCUGAAUGCUUGAAAAGAGCCGGAGAGCUUUUUAAGGAAUGGCUGAUAGAAGAGAAGUCGCAGCAUCCUGAUAUUCGUGAAUUAGUUUAUUACUAUGGUAUGCGCUAUCAUUCGGAUGUGAGCGAGUGGAACGUCAUGUUCGAAAGAUUUAAAGACGAGACUGAUCCUGGCGAGAAGAAUAAAAUAAUGGCAGGAUUAGCAGGGAUACAAUCCAUUGAUGUUUUAAAGGAAUAUAUUAUCAGAGCAACUGAUGAAAGAUUUGUCCGCGCUCAAGAUUUCUUGAAAUGCUUGAUUAUGAUUUCCAAAAAUCCCGAUGGUACAUCAUUGGUGUGGGAUUGGGUACGCGAGAACUGGGAAUUCUUGGUGAACAGAUACACAUUGAAUGAUCGAUAUCUCGGUGAUCUUAUACCAUCCAUUACAAGUUCAUUCGCCACACAAACGAAGUUGGACGAGAUAAAAGCUUUCUUUGAGAAAUAUCCUGAAGCCGGUGCUGGUGCGGACGGUCGAGCCAAAACUCUCGAGACAGUCUCGAAGAAUAUCAAAUGGCUAACUAAAAAUACUAAAAAAUUCGAUAAAUGGUUUUCAGAAAACUGGCCGUUUAACAAGACCCGUUAAACAUACCAGCAAAAGUAUACAAGAUAGAUGAAAAGGAAGAAAGACUUAAUACAUAUCGAUUUUUAACAGUUAUUAUACAUAGAGACAACUUUUUUAAUCUAUGCGUCAACUGCUGAAAAUCACUGAUAGCCUGAAGAUAAUUAAUUGUGGUUUUUGUAUGUUAAUUACUGU